CAGUUCUUUCUCCACUUCGCUGCAUCCGAAGUUUGUCCUUCGUACAGCAGUGAUGCAGAUGAACAACAAGGAGCCGGCCGCCGACGGCAAGUCGCCGACUACCAUCUGUAGCAGGCUUCAGAGAGCCUUCCACGCCCGGCCGGUCUUCGGGCCUCUUCGCCGCCUCACGGGCCAACCCCACGACGGCGGAGCUGCCGCUACCGGCGUACCGGGGGGAGCGCCUGCCGCGACGCACGGUGCUGCACCGCCACCGGUUGUAUUGCCGGCACGUGCACCGGCGCCGUCUCCAGUAGGCAAAGCUCCCGCACCUAAGGCGGCACCGGCGAUCGUGCCAGCGGCGCCCCAGAAACCGGCUGCUGCCAAGGGAGGUGGCAAGCCUGGGCAGGUCCUCGGGAGCACUUCUACCGUCGCGGCAACCACGAGCAAGGUUCCCGAGAAGGCGGCAGGGGGGAUCCCAGUUCCGGUGCCACCGCCGGCGGUCAUGGCUGGAAGGCCGGCAGCGGACGCGAAGGCUGGGGACAACAAGGCGCAGCAGACAAAGGGGAAGAUCAGGGUGAGCUCCAGGGUCCGCAAGGCCUUAGCCUCAUCCAAGUAGAGGGAUGAUCAACUGAAUCGCCAGGGUGCGCGCCAAGAACGGAGCUAGCUGAAUUACGCAUCUCCAAAGCCAUUCUCUGUUACCAGUGUACUGUUUUUUAUUUACCGAUUUUGAGCUAGGCUCUCCGUUCUGCUGUAACUUCAGAUUUUCUUCUUGUUGAUGGAUUAUCACUUGGGGGAUCA